AUGGAUGCGAAUGACAGCCUUAUUACUGGAUUUAAUGCUACAUUUCAAAAGAGUAAAACGCCUGGAGAACUACAGUAUGAUUCUUUGUAUAGAAUUAUUUCUGUUCUGACGAAUGUUGUGAUUUUUGUUGUGGGAAUUACAGGUAACACCCUCGUGGUUAUUGUUAUCGUGCGCAUUCGAAGCAUGUGGACACCGACUAAUUGUUAUUUGAUAAGUUUAUCAAUAGCUGAUUGCCUUGUGCUUUUAUCAGCAACAUUGCCAGCAAUUCCAGAAACGUUUUUCCAAAUUAACGAAUGGCCGUUCGGUCGCGUGUUGUGCUCAUUGCUGGUGUUUCUGCAAUACUUAGGCGUCGACGUUGCAUCGCUGUCUAUUACAGCUUUUACAAUGGAACGAUACAUAGCCAUAUGCCAUCCACUGCGAUCACAAACAAUGUGCACGGUCAAUAGAGCAAAACGCAUUAUUGCUGGGAUUUGGAUUUUCGGAAUUAUGUAUUGCACACCAUGGCUGGGGCUAACAGUUUUAAAUGAAGAAAGGCGACAUAAAACCAUCGUCCAAGUAUGUCAAGUGCGCUUAAAAAGGGAACAAUAUUUUGCGUAUUAUCUUGCUGACUUUAUUAUAUUCUAUGUUAUACCCCUUAUCAUAGCUGCUAUACUCUAUGGACUAAUCGCCCGCAUGAUGUUCAAAAACAGCAUAGCACUGAAUAACAACGGGUUCUCACAGAACGCUGAGCGGCAUAGGAAGCGACAAAUGACCUCCCGCCUGCAGGUUGUUCGAAUGCUAGCAGUCAUCGUCUUUGUGUUUAUGGUCACGUGGAUGCCAUAUCGAACCAUGGUCGUCUACAACUCCAUUGCGAAAGAAAAAUACCUCGACUUUUGGUUUUUAAUGUUCUGUCGGACCAUGGUCUACAUUAACAGCGCCAUUAAUCCUAUUUUGUACAACGCAAUGUCAAUAAAGUUUAGACGGUCCUUCAAACAAAUUCUUUGCUGUGGCCAAUCCCAGAACGACGGACUGAUGUCAGUGUACAGUGACGCCAACGUAGAAAAUGCGGUAAUUUUGCCGAAACGAAUGUCCAGUGAAUCAAGAGUGCACAUGCAGCGGAAUUUCAACGGUCAAAUGCCUCAGCCUACUCCAUAUCAUCUCAGGAGAGAUGUCACUGCGGGGGCGUCAAGCUCGUCGUCUUAA